AUGUCUAACGCGCCGCUCAACGGCGUCAAGCUCAACCCGCUUGAUGAUCCCAACAAGGUGAUCAAGGUUCUUGCCUCGGAUGGCAAGACUGGCGAGCAGCGAGAAAUCGCUUACACUAACUGCAAAGUAAUCGGAAACGGAAGUUUCGGUGUCGUCUUCCAGGCAAAGCUCGUUUCACAAGGCUCAGAACCUGCCGAGGGCUCGAGCAAAGAGAGCGAUGAGGUUGCUAUCAAGAAGGUGUUGCAGGACAAACGAUUCAAGAACCGUGAGCUGCAGAUCAUGAGGAUUGUAAAGCACCCUAACGUGGUCGAUCUGAAGGCGUUCUUCUACUCGAACGGCGACAAAAAGGACGAGGUCUUCCUCAACCUUGUGCUCGAAUACGUGCCAGAGACCGUCUACCGCGCCUCGCGUCAUUACGCCAAGCUCAAGCAGACCAUGCCUAUGCUGCUCAUCAAGCUCUACAUGUACCAGUUGCUACGCAGUUUGGCCUACAUCCACUCGAUCGGUAUCUGCCACCGUGACAUCAAGCCUCAAAAUCUGCUGCUCGACCCUCCCUCCGGCGUUCUCAAGCUGAUUGACUUUGGUUCCGCAAAAAUCCUGAUUGCAGGCGAGCCCAACGUCAGCUACAUUUGCUCGAGAUACUACCGAGCUCCCGAGCUCAUCUUUGGUGCCACCAACUACACGACCAACAUUGACAUCUGGUCUACAGGAUGCGUCAUGGCUGAGCUCAUGCAAGGGCAACCUCUUUUCCCCGGUGAGAGCGGUAUCGACCAGCUUGUUGAGAUUAUCAAGGUGCUCGGUACGCCUUCGCGUGAGCAGAUCAAGACCAUGAACCCCAACUACAUGGAGCACAAGUUCCCUCAGAUCCGACCUCACCCCUUCUCCAAGGUCUUCCGCCCGCGCACACCUCCCGAUGCCAUCGACCUAAUUUCGCGACUGCUUGAGUACACCCCCAGCGCUCGUCUCACCGCCAUCGAGGCACUCUGCCAUCCGUUCUUCGACGAGCUUCGAACCGGCGAGGCUCGCAUGCCUAAUGGCCGUGAGCUCCCACCCCUCUUCAACUGGACCAAAGAGGAGCUCUCUGUCCGACCUGAUCUUAUCUCGCGGCUCGUUCCUCAGCACGCCGAAGCGGAGCUUCUGUCGCGCGGCAUUGAUGUUCACAACUUCCAGCCCAUCCCGCUCGAGUCGCUGAAGGUCACGCUUGACUAG